AUGAUUGUUACUUUUGACUCUAAAAAGGUGGAGGAUGAAGUUCAAGAUAACUUGUACAAGGCACCAACUAGCAGCAUCGCAGAUUUAAAAAUAAAUCGAAUAGGUCCUGGCAACUAUACCGAUGAUACAGAAGAUUCCCCUAUAGGGAAAAGGAUAAAGCGUUCAAGGAACGGAUGCUUGACAUGUAAAGUACGAAAGAAGAAAUGUGGUGAAAGAAGGCCGGUGUGCCAAGAUUGUGAAAGACUCCAUAAAGAGUGUGUCUGGAUUGAUCAGGAUACAAUGUCCGAGGACGAAAUAAGAAUGAUUAGAAAGAAGUUGGAGGAAGAAGAGAGCAGACAGAAGUUAAGAAAAAGGAAAUCCAAAUUCCAAAAGGAGAAUGAAGAUCGUCAAUCUCUGGAGCAGAGCCAAGAGGACGCUCAGGAGAUGAGCAAGGAACCCAGCGUAGACCUGAUUCUAAUUCUGAACGGAGAAAAGGUCCAAAAUGAGAACAAACAGCAGAUUAAAGAGCCAAUACUAAGCCAGAAUGAGAGUGACGACAAACAACCAAACGACGAUCUGGCCCGAAAGAGGUUCAAACAGGCGAAUGAAAGUGUCCCACCACUACCACUACCGUCACUAUCACCUCCUCCACUUCUAAAUGCAUUACCUUCGUUUUCCCUGUUUGAAGAAUCGUUAUCCAAUAGUAGUGGUAAAAAUCCACAGUCGAAAAGGUCUUCCAUACAAUUAUCGCCUUCUUUUGCUUCUCUAUUGAAAGAGGAUCAGCUUAUAGCACAUGCUCCGCUUGAUCAAGAACAAACGCCGCAUGCUAUAUUCUACAAUUUUUUGAAAGAUUUCAAGAACCAUCAGCAACUUCAAAGCCAACAACAGCUGCCUCAUCAUAUUGCAGAAUCGAGCAAGCUAACACUAGUUGAUGAAAAUGGUCAAGUUAUAGAAAGAGAUUCGGAACAAACACAACAACUAGUAAUAGGUAGUCGUAGACAAAGCGAAAUACGACCUAGUCCUAUUUCUCUCAAUCCCCUUUCGCCAUAUGAGAUGUAUUACCAAUUUGAAAACAAUAACUGCACGUCACCUAAUUUUAACCAGUUUUUUGCUUCAGCAUCAUCUAUGCUUCUGCCAGAAAUUCCCAAAAGUCCUGGCUUACUUCCUCAACUUGAUAGCUCAGAGUUCUUCUUGUACAAUUAUUACGUUGAAACCUUGUCUAACAAAAUAUCUAUAGCUCCAUCGUCGCAGAAUGAUUCUAAUUCUUACCAAAAGGUCUUCCUCCCCUUAGCACAUCAAGACAAAGGAGUCCUCUAUAGUAUUUUGGCCUGGGCAUGUUUCCACUUAGGAGGUAAUUGGAAAGAGCAAGGUAACAAAUACAUCGACAUUGCAUUAGAUCAUAUCAGUGGCAACCGAACGAAUCUUAAGAAUAACAAAAAUGGAGAUGCAUUUACGGAAUCAUCGUUUGAUAGGAAUUCAUCUGUUUUGAAGCUAGCUACCUUACUUAUUCUAUGCGGAGCUGAAAUUUCUAGAGGUGAUGUAAAGAGGUGGUCCGUCUAUCUAUCUUGGUGUUGGAAAGUUUUAUCUUCCAAUGGUGGAAUCUUAAACUUCAAUCAGACAAGAGAAGAAAAUUGGCUCAUUUCCAAUUUUGCUUACCAUGAUUUGCUUGCAACAUCAGUGAGCAAUAGGGGUACAUAUUUCCCGUCCUCCCAGUAUGAUUUAAUAUUCGAAGAUAUCCCAGGAUUUUCAAGAGGAAGGUUAAACCCAUUAUUGGGGGUGUGCAAGAAACUUUACAAAAUAAUUGGAGAAAUAAGUUCUUUGGUAUUUGAAAGUAAAAAGAUCUUGCAUGAGUACUACAUCAGAGAAAACGUCAGAGAAAAUGAUCCCGAAGAAAUGUCUUCUAACAAUACGUCUACGUCGCCUGAUUCCAUAGAAGAUUACGUUCUGGAAACAGAUUCGCAAACUUCGUUCCAUACUAAGAGAUCCAGGCUACUUCUUAGCAUCAUCGAGCAUGCAAAGGACCUUGAGCGCGAAAUUGACUCCGCCAAACCGAGCACCGAUGAUUUGAUUGACUUGACUGAUGAUGAAUUAGAGUUGCAAUUGACAGUAUUCGAGACAUUCCAACUUGUAGCUAAAUUAUUUAUUCGCCAAGCAGUAAUGAAGAUCAACCCAUCAUCUUUAGAGUCUCAAAUUUUGGCCAACGAUUUAACAAAAUGUCUAGAUAUUACUAUUGGUACGCCCGUGCAAGCAUCGUUAGUGUUUCCUGUGUUUAUUGCAGGUAUACACUGUGUUACUCGGGCUGAUAAAAUGAUGAUGAGAAAUAGAAUUGAGGCAUUUAUUGAGAGUUACGGAACAACGAAUGUUGAUAGGGUAAAAGCCUUAAUUGAGAAGGUAUGGAAGGAAAACCCUACAGGAAGCAAUGUCGUUGAUUGGUUUUUGAUCUUGAAAGAUUUAGAUUGGGAGGUGAAUUUUGCAUAA